CCAGAAAACACGUGGGUUCAAACAAACUUCGUCGCGAUUACAAAUAAGUACACAGUGGAUGGAAGCUGUUUUCUACAUAAAGUUCUCUGUCUACAUCACGUUUCUCUGAAAAUUGCUGUCUGUGUCAUUCAUCCUCCUAAUGUCUGUCGUAGUUUCGGAUGCUUGCGGCUGGCUACUGGAUUCCCAUUCUUUUAUUAAUGAACAUUAUGUUUGUUGCCUUACAAAGCAUGGUUGCUCGCAACAAAGUGCAGCAUAUACUUUUAAGAGGGAGUAUUUUAACAUCGAAAGACCAUAUAUUGUGUCUAAACCGACCGAAAACGGGGAAACAGGACAGUCUAUGCACGAUUUGAAAACCCCAAGUGCUGUUCAAAAGGGUAAAGGAAGGAAGCGUAAGCGAAGCUUGAACCAGGGUGAGCUUGAUUCGGAAGUCUACCAUGACAAGAUUAGACUGCUGGUUCAAGAGGGCACCAGAUCUCUAGUCGAGAUGAGCCAGACUCUGGGCUACAUGAUAGGAGUAGUGGCUUCGAAAGCAACAGAGACGAUGACGCCUCCGGACUGCCACCUGGCGGACAUGUGUGAUAUGGCCAAGUCGUUGCAUUUGGAUGAUGGUGGUGCUGAUGAUGCAUGCCCCCAGUCCAUCUGGGGAGAUGAUGAUGCGCUGGACCUGUUUUCCCGCCUUACGGAAAAUCCACGCGAUCAGAGCUGUGAGAUGACUCUAAUGAGGGGACGCUACCUCAUUCCUCCACGUUGCAAAUUCCUUCUGUCGGAUAUAACGUGUACACAGCCCCUUCGGAACAGUGGAGAGACGUUUGAUCUAAUUGUCCUGGAUCCACCAUGGGAAAACAAGUCUGUGAAAAGGAGCAGUAGGUACAGCUUCCUCCCAUCCUCUCAACUCAAACAACUUCCAGUUGAUGUCUUGAGUUCACCCGAGUGUUUGGUGGUUACCUGGGUAACAAACCGGCCCAGGCAUCUGCGUUUUGUCAAAGAAGAGCUGUACCCACACUGGGGAGUCCAAGUACUCGCAGAGUGGCUUUGGGUGAAGGUGACUCGGGCUGGGGAGUUUGUUUUCCCUUUAGACUCUCCACAUAAGAAACCGUAUGAACUCAUGGUACUGGGACGAAAAAGCUACAACUCCACAUCUUCCAAUGAAACAGUCGCAACCAGUGAUGGCAGUGAAUUGAGUGAAUGUGCUGUACCUCUUCCAGACCAUCGCCUGGUUGUCAGCGUUCCCUCAGCUCUGCAUUCCCAAAAACCCUCACUCUCAGCUGUGCUAAAACCAUAUAUUCGCCCGAAUGCUAGAUGUCUGGAGCUGUUUGCACGCAACCUACAAUCAGACUGGACUAGCUGGGGAAAUGAAGUGCUCAAGUUUCAACAUAUCAGCUACUUCACCAAGGACUCCACUAACACACAUCAACCAAACGAGGAAAAGGCACAUAUCACAGUGUGAAUAUGUUUUUAAAACCCAGUUUUCAUUUUUAUUAUGAUUCCUUUAUACGUUUUUUAAAUAUUGUCAAAUAUUAUAAUGUUUUUGUACAUGUAGAAAUGCUAAGAACAUGAGGUAUUAUACAAGUCUGUCUGUAUUAGUAAUAUAACAUUGCUUCCUGGAUGAAGUCUGUGUAGGUAACCCAAGAGUUGGGCAGCAACUUUCUGGAUGAUUUUGCAUCUGCUUGUAAAUUUGUUUGAUUAUUUUUCUAGUAAAUGUGCACACAUUUUAGAUGUAAAUAAAAAAGGGUUGAAAUUUA